AUGGAUUUCUUCGGUCUUACUAUGUUUUCAAUCCUCAUGGCUAUAUUUGGCUAUUUCCAAUCCAUUCCCCUGACAGGCGUCGAUCGACUGCAAGACGGCCUGAGCAAGGGGUAUGUCUUGAGCCAUUUCGGGAUGAUGGUUGACAGAUUCUUUCCAGUCGCUUACGCAAACGACUCUUUUGAAAACACAGAGCUGCAGUAUGAUACAACGUUUGCUGUAUUAGCCUUGACUUCGCCUGAGCCCAAAUCUGAUUCUGUUGUGGACUCUGCUUUGACCAACCCCAACACUCCCACGGAUGAUAUGACAGGAUAUGAGACCCAUAUCGUGCCGCUGGUUGCUGACUGGAAUGGGUCUGAUCGUUGGAUCUUCCGUGACACUCAGUACUUAGAUUUGAUUGCGGACCGCACUCGGUAUGUAGGAUUCUCAUCGCAGAUAUGGUCGGCAGCCCAAAGCUUUUCCAGGAUUGUGGUGCUCCUGGGAUUACCCAUCAUUCUCGUGAGCGUGCUGUUUGUUGCAUUCGUUUAUUGGCGAGAUGUGCGGACAGCCGACGCUGAAAUCAUGAGCUUCACCAACGAGGUUCGAUCCAGAAGAGCUUCCCUCCAGCGAAAGAUCGACCUGGCAUCCUAUGCGAUUGAUCAAACACUCGAUGAUAUUGUUAGACAUAUUUCAGCACAGCAGGAGCGCAUUCACCAGGAUCUAGCCUCCUUCCGUCCAGACGAUGUUAUCAGCCAGGAGAUGGGUGCAUUUCGCGAGAAGCUCGAGUUGCUUAUCCAAAGCGAAUUCGAUAGACAGGCCUCCUGGGUGAAGGACUACCUAGAAGAGCUCGAGCAAGUGCGCCAGACUCUCCCAGGCCCUGCAGAAAUUCGCGGCCAAUGUGAUGAAUUUCAAGAGAUACUCCAGCAAGCCAAGGAAGUGCACAACAGCCUCAACGGCACCUUGAAGCAUAUGGAUGAGCUUCUAAAUUCGAGACCGGUGGCGUCACUUUCUCAGGGUUCAGUCUCUCUAGUUGACGAGUUUCACACUGUGCGUUCGAUCUCCAGCAAUGAAGGAACAGGUUUGAGCAAUAUGAGUGAGCGCAUUCGUGAAACUACUCACUUGCAGCCCCAGUCAUUGUCUCAGUGGGUGAUGGCGUCGGAUCGUCACGCAAUGACUGCAGAGGAAUUUGACAAGGCGCGGGAAAUUCGGCGUGAGAGAGUGAAGAUGCGGUGCGCAAACCGGGUUAAAGCGAAUUCCGCUUCAAUGAAUGGCCAAAGUGGGACUGCAAUGACCGAUCGUUCCUCUUGGUAG